UUAAACAGAAUGAAUGAUCAAAGGCUUUGAAGAAAAUAAAGUCGAUCGGACCUUUCAUGCUAAACCUAUCAACAGACUUUGUAGCUCAGACCUUUUCCUAUAAUUUUUUUUAUUUUUGGAAAGACGUUCAGAACAAAAUUCAGUUCGGAAAAUCGAGUAAAUACCAAUAAACUUAACAGAGGGAUAGAAUCCACUACGGAAGUGGGUAAGUUUGAACUAGUGGAAGAUGAAUUAUCAGGAUAUGUGCUCCUUCGAAUUGGAGAACACGGGUCGAGGCAGCAACUUUGAGUUUCGGUUUUCUGGAACGGAAUCCAUUCCGAAUGCGGUGCGGCGGUAUAAUGCCAUGCGAGGCGCCGAAUUGGCGCAGUUGAAGCGUCAACGGGAAACGGGUAGAUCCCAUUUGCCCAGCAUGCCGCGCUUCUGCAAGGUACGUCAUCCUGGUCAGGAUGUUAACAGCAUGGUGACCUCCCGCGACCUGGACGUGGUCACCCAGCUGUCCCUCGACUCUAAUCCCCUCUAUAAUGAGGAUGAAGAUGAUAACAACAACGAUGAGAUGAACGAUACGGUACAAUAUCCACAGCGUUCUGCACGUCUUUGUGGAGGAGCCGAGUCUAUGAAAAAACAAAAAAACAAAUCCAGGGACAGGAAAAAGAUUUCCACGUCCAAUAAAAAAAAUCGUAAUGUGGUUGCUGUUAAUAAUGGAUAUACCUUCGAGAGAUUAAAGGAACUACAUCGGGAAGUUUGUGAAGAGCUACAGACUAUAAGUGAGUCAACUCCGAUGCCAAGUCCCGAAGCCACACCGCGACCACCAUCUGGGCCAAAAAGUGCCAUCAAACAGCGAAAGAUUCGGUUGAAAAGGCGGCAGGAAGUGCCGAGAAAACGCCAGGAUUUGGAAAGAGAGCCAGCCGCAUCUCAGGGCAAUAUUGGGUAUGUAUCCAUCGAGGACUAUCAUAACCCGCAACCCAAAUGGGUGGACAUCAUGCCCUCGGCGAUGAUGUCACAGGCGAUAAAUGUUAAUGUCUGCCAGGUUAAUAAUGCCACGCCCUAUUCGGCCUACGAAUUCAUGGAGCAAAACGGAACCAUAGAGCCAGAACCACUGACACCCUUUUUCCUGGAGGAUAGCGAUCUGGAGAACGAGUAUGCCGAUCGUCAGGGCUAUCUACGCUACGUGGAGCCACGACCACGCUUGACAUCCAGUGAAUUGGAUCAUGCAGAUAGGAAUCCCAUCCAGCCAUGCUUUGUUGAGCUGGAAAACCGCCCACACAGGGUCAGUUUACUCAGGAGUCUCACGCCCAUGAGAUAUACCUCGCAGAGAUCAGAGGAGACCUUACGAACCCGGCCAGCAGCAAGGUAUCCGGAUCAGGAAGUCGAUGUACUGCCAUUGGAGUUGCGCAAGGCUCAGAAUCCUAGGAAGGGCAGUCAAAGGCAGGCAUUACCAAGUGACAGGAAGGCUGGGAAAUUUCGUAGGAAUAAUGUGAUGGUCAAGGGAAAUAAAAAAAACGCGCCGAACCCUAAGUCACGACUUUCUGCAAGGUCGGUCGGUGGAGAUGAGGCUGUUCCCGUGACCAUGAAUCCACCGAAUCCUCCUAGCCCACUGAAGGAGGUGGUGACCUCACCCGAAAGGCAAAACAAACGUCGCAAGCCCAAACCUAUAGUGGUCUACAGUAAAUCCCUGGAAGAUCUGAAGUUUGAAAAACUGGGCAUCUACAACAAGAUCACCUUGACCCAGGAGCGGAUCAUUAAUGCCCUGGACAAGCUGCAGAAUAGUUUGCUGCAACUCCAGGUGCCCACUUGCAGUGCCCAGGAGCGACUGAAACGUCAGCGCAAUGCCUUCGAAUUUUGUGUGCGCUUCUCCAGGAACUUUUUAUAUCCCCUAAAGGGUAUGAUUGACGACGUCCGCCUCACCACUGUGGCCAGUUUCAAUAGUGCCACCUCCAAUGAGGCCUGCCAAAGGGUAGUGUGCGUCUAUGGGCUGAUGCAGCAGUCGAUCCAGACUUAUCAGCGACAACUACGAUACUUUCUGCUGGAGAAGGUGCCUCAGAAGCUGAGUGCCCUCAUCGAAAUGAUCUACACGAUGACCAAUUGCUGCUUGGACAAAGGCAUGCUAGAUCGAAAUGAUCCGGUGGUGGAGUGCCUGCUGGAACGGUGUACCCGAUUUCUCAGCUUUAUUGAGGAUAUGCAGGAGGAGCGCUUCAAAUUGGCUCGUGAGGCAAUGAGGCGUCUACACAAGGGUCCAAAGAACAUCAACACCACUAACACCCCUGCCAAAAAGAAGAAGAAGAAGUCCUCUAGGGCAAAUCCUACCAGGGCUCCCACUGUGCCCAGGCAGGAGAAGCUUCGCACUCACGAGCGCUAUGAUUUGAAGAUGUGCCUCAAUGAUCUUAAGCUAUACGAGCCACGUCUGGUGCCCAAGGAACGUCAGCAGGUAGAUAAACUGCAUCCUCGUACACGUCGUCCAAGGAAUACGCUCAAUAUAACAGCGUCGAAGCCAGCGGAACUGUCUGGCGAUCUGGAAAUGCAAUCCUUUCGUGGCGAUGAUAUGCCAACCCAGAUGCAAAUGGCCGGCGAUGGUGGCACCACCAGUUCGCUGAGCAUGCCGCCCAAUUUCGGUCAUCGGGGCCAACCGAUUGACGAUGUCCAGCAGCUAGAAAAUGCAGAGUAUGCAUCGCGAGAGGAGCAACUGCAUCGUGCUUUGGUGGAUGCCCUGCAUUUGGUGUCUCGUUCGCAAGUGCAAAAGGUGCUCGAUCCACUGAUGCGAUCGCUGGGCGUCAUCCUGGGCGAAAAGGUCGGCGAAGGUGGAGGUGCAGACCAGAGGCAGUAGGCUUAUAGUUCCAUCCUGCAGGCUGUAGCCAUCGCAUCCAGGACACUGUCUAAAUUGUUGUUUUGCAAAAUUGCUUAAUCCUUCUUACUUCUUAUCAUCAUUAACUUCGCCUGCAUUGAUAAAGAGCGAAACUAAAAAUACUAAAUUGUUAAGUAUUGGUAGAGAAAAUAAAAUGCUAAUUUUG